UCUUCUUUUUAUACUUCUUUCUUCAGCGAAAGAAAGAUAUGUUUGGUUUAAGAAGUUUCAGUCAAAAGCUUUUCAUAUACCAGAGAAACACCAUUCUUCAACCUACAUUACUCAUGGCUACUGCUUCAUUCAGUCCCUCUAGUCCUUCGAGUAAAAGAAGAGCUUACGACUCUCCCCCCGUUAGUUUCACUCGAAAGCGUGUUGGUACUCACAAUGGCAGCUUUCACUGUGAUGAAGCACUUGGUUGUUUCAUGAUUCGUCUCACUGAUAAAUUCUUUGAUGCUGAAGUCGUUCGUUCAAGAGAUCCACAGGUUUUGGAUACACUUGAUGCAGUUCUUGAUGUUGGUGGUGUGUAUGAUCCAAGUACAGAUCGUUAUGAUCAUCACCAGAAAGGGUUUCAAGAGGUUUUUGGUCAUGGGUUUACUACUAAACUCAGUAGUGCUGGACUUGUAUACAAGCAUUUUGGUAUGGAGAUAAUUGCAAAGGAGCUACAGGUUGAUCAAGGACACCCAGAUGUGCAUCGAUUAUUUCUAGCUAUUUAUAAAAGUUUUAUGGAGGCAAUUGAUGCUAUUGACAAUGGGAUUAAUAGGUAUGAUACGGAUCUUCCUCCAAGAUACGUGAAUAACACAGGUCUUUCUGCCAGAGUUGGAAGGCUUAAUCUGGACUGGGUCGAUCCUGAUCAGUCAGCUGAGAGAGAGAAUGAGGCCUUUCAUCGUGCAAUGGCUCUUGCUGGUAGUGAAUUCCUAGAGAAUGUCCGGUUUCACGCAAAAUCAUGGUUACCUGCACGAUCUAUUGUUUUGGAGUGCCUUGCUGCAAGACACGAAGUUGACCCCAGUGGAGAAAUCAUGACGCUGAAAAAUUUCUGCCCCUGGAAGCUUCAUCUACAUGAACUCGAGGAGGAGAUGAAGAAUGAUCCUCUCGUCAAAUAUGUUCUUUACCAGGAUGAAAGGAGUCAAAGCUGGAGAAUUCAAGCUGUAGGAGUAUCUCCUGAUAAAUUUGAAAGCCGAAAGGCUCUCCCAGCUCAGUGGAGGGGUUUGAGAGAUGAAGAGCUAUCCAAGGAGGCUGGAAUUCCAGAUUGCGUGUUUGUUCAUAUGAGCGGGUUUAUUGGUGGAAACAAAACUUACGAGGGAGCUUUAGCCAUGGCAAGAGCUGCUUUGAAGCUGUAGAUCUUCCUAGUAUGAUCGUGGGUGCAUUGGGAUUUUUAACUGACAAUUGCCACUCAUGAUGGUUCAUAUGCUGCCAUUGACUCGUUUUUAUAAGUAUUAACCAUGUUGAAUUACUUGAGAUUGUUGAUCUGAACCAAACUGUAUUCCGGCUAUUCACAUUAUUAUUACUGUGGUUUACAGAGAUUGUUUACUGAGGUUAUUUACAGAGAUUGUUUACUGAGGUUAUAAGU